AUGGCGUUCAUCGACUACGGAUCCGUUACCGCGUUAAUCUCCAAACGCUUUGCCGUAAACCAGAACAUCACAGCCCGAUCAUCUUCCCAGACGAUCAACACGGUGAACGGCACCAAGGCGACGUCCGCCGAUCAAGCAAACGUGACGUUGGUUUCGCUGGACAGUGUCGAACGAGUAGAGAUGACGGAAGCUUUCACCAUCGCCGACUUGCCGAUGCGAGCGGUGGAAUCGAUCGGGGAAUUAACAACGCGCUGGCCGCUCCUACGAGACUUGUGUUUCGAAGAAGCCGACUCUCUCGAAGUCGACUUGCUAAUAGGGUGUGACGUGCCCGAAGCACACCGUUUCACGCGCCAAAUUGUAAACCUUUAUCAGUUUACUUCACUAACCACCGCUAACAACGAUACGAACGAACAAGCUCUUUAA